UCUAGCUCAACCGCGGCAGUGUCAGGAACCAUGACGCUGGUACCAUGGUGGUGUCUCUUCCUGCACGUGAUGGGGUUUGAUGGGCACAUCUACAGGCACGGUAAAUCGUGGAACGGGUACAACUUCCAUACGUACCCCCAUCCCGCCAAAAAACCGGUGAUUCCCCGGGACGUCAUGGUCGACAUCAUUAACAACGUGGGGUUGAAGUUGUUAGCGAUACAUAAUGAAUACAACGAAAAUAAUAUAGCCAUAUCGCCUUAUGGGGCAGUUAGCGUUAUUAUAGCGCUUGGAGAAGGACUUGAAGGAGACUCUGUUUACGAAAUUCAACAAGCCACCCACAUACCAAACGAUAUUUCCGUCAUUCGUGUAGGUCUGAGGGAUAUUCACAGGCAUUUGAAGAGCUACUUCAUACCAAAAGAAGGCUUCCUAGCUGGUCUGACUUUGAAUCACGAAAAUGUUACACUAAGACCAGAAUAUGAAGACAUUUUAAGGUUUUACGGAUAUGAUACUGCUACAUUCAAUAACGCCUUGUAUCCUCAACCAGAAACAUCAGAGGUACCAGAGACAACGACUGGAGAAAUCACCACGAUAGAAUCACAGGUCACGACUGAAUCACAGGUCACAACAGAAAUAGGAAGAAACGAUGUUAUGGAGAUGACAACAAAAGCCAUUACAGCAUCUACGGUACCUUCAGAAACGACGACAUUAGUAGUAUCUACUGAGAAAGCUACAACACUGCCAGAGACAACUACUAUAAGGACUAUAGAGGAAACAACAUUAUCAAUUGAACAAAGUACAACUACUGCACUACCACUAACUACUGAAGCAAAAACAACAGAGGUAACAACUGUACAAGUAACUACAAUCGCAAUUGAGCCCACUACUGAAAAAGUGACCACUCCAAUAACUGAAGGAAGUACAACUCCAAGUUCUGUAACUAGUUUGUUGACAACCACACAAGACAGUACUUCUGAAAGAGAUAUUACACUAUCAAUUAGUACUACGGAAGGAACUUCUACAACUGAGGUGGCAAAUAUACCGGAGGUUUUACCUUCUUCUGAAUUACCAACGAGUUCAAGCACUGUGGAAUCAACGGAAGCAGAUACCACUCAUUUACCAACAACAUUACUGACAUCAACGCAGAGUAGCAGUUCACUCUCUUCGGAGACAACUAUUGGCAGUACUAUCCCUGACUUAACCUCUACAACAACAACAGAACCUGUUACUAAUACAGAUGUUUUCACGCCAACCACAACUAUAAUUGAAGAUUCUGUAAGCACCCUUUUUACAGAGAGCACUACCACUCAACCUGUUGUUACUGAUACGACUACACUUUUUGCUACAGACUCAACUACAGUUAAUACUACUCCAACUGACACCAGCACUGAAAAGGAUAAUAAAGAUAAUGAAAUUGACAGUACUGAUGCCUCUGUAGAUGAUGUUGGAUUCGGUGGCAUUUCCAAGCGAAAGGUACGAUCUGGUGCGUCUAGAAUUAACCAAACCAAUGUGGUGCAACUUAACAUAAGAAAUUCAAAUUUUGAGUUUAAAAGGAACAGUCGAUCCGUAGUCGACUACUUACUAGCAAGGUACUACGAUGAUCAGUUCAAUUUUCAUAAUCCUGAGCCCUACGUUCCAGACGAACAACCAAGUUUUCUUAUUUACGGUAAAUACAGGGAAUACAACAUUAAUUUUAUGAAGUACAACACUAUACUUCCCUUUCAUUAUGAGCCGCAUUUGAACGCUUUGGCUUUAAGUUUUCCCUUGGACAGCACCAAAUACUACCUUUUGUUGCUACUACCAGUGGAUGACACUGGCAUCGAUAAGCUGAUAUGCGAUUUGCGUUUAAAUGGAAGCUUAAAAUAUAUCAUCGCAAAUCUGAAGUACAGGCAUGUUAUUGCCACGAUACCUAGCUUCAAUCUGAAGGGUUAUGUCACUCUGACUCCCAGUUUUCAAAAGUUGGGCAUAAGAAAAGUUUUCGAACCAAGACAAGCAGAUUUUUCGCCGAUGACAAAUCAAAGGGGAAUAUACGUAACCAAUAUUGAGCAAGCCAUUACCGUAAAUAUAAGAAAUUAUGUAGACCCAAAUGCUAUUCCAGAUCAUAGAAACUUACACCGGUAUGACCCGGUGCACUUCAAGGCUGACCAUCCUUUUCUGUACUUCGUCAUCGACUCAGACAUCCACGUCACCCUCAUGGCAGGCAAGAUCGUCAACCCCCUUAAUUCCAGAAUUAGUUAAGUCUAGACUAGGAUACGUUCUAAGCUAUACUACAUUUGUACAUAUUAAUAAAGUAUUUUUUGUAA